UUCAGUCGCGCGUUGGGCCGGGGGCAAAUGUCAUAAUUUGAAUGAUUUGGAAGGUUUAGGGUUUCUCACUUUUUCUGUCUUCCUCUCCUCCUUUGUGUUUAAUCGAUCAAAUCAAGCAAAGGAUCUGCUUAAUCCGAAGCGGCAAUGGCGAACCGAACAGACCCUGCUGCCACGAGCAUAAGGGGAACGAACCCACAGAACCUGGUGGAGAAGAUAGUUCGCUCCAAGAUAUACCAGAACACCUACUGGAAGGAGCAGUGUUUCGGGUUGACGGCGGAGACGCUGGUCGACAAGGCCAUGGAGCUCGACCAUAUCGGGGGCACUUACGGCGGCAAUCGAAAACCCACUCCUUUCAUGUGCCUCGUCAUGAAAAUGCUCCAAAUUCAACCCGAGAAAGACAUUGUCGUCGAAUUCAUUAAAAACGAUGACUACAAAUAUGUGAGGAUUUUGGGAGCUUUUUAUCUGCGUCUUACGGGGACUGAUACCGAUGUUUAUCGUUAUUUAGAGCCUUUAUACAACGAUUAUCGAAAAUUAAGGCAGAAAUCGCCUGAUGGAAAUUUUAGCUUGACACAUGUGGAUGAGGUUAUUGAUGAACUUCUGACUAGAGAUUAUUCUUGCGAUAUUGCUCUGCCACGUAUUAAGAAAAGAUGGACUCUUGAAUCACUUGGUGCUUUGGAUCCAAGAAAAAGUGUGUUGGAAGAUGAUUUUGAGGAAGAGGAAGAGAAAGAGGAGAAUGAGCAAGAUGGUUUAGAAGAUGAGCCUACUCAUGAAAAGGACUACUAUCGAGCUCGAAGUCCUGCAAGGGAGAGAGAAAGAGAUAGAAGACAUGGCAGUCUUAGAUACAGGGAUCGGGAUUAUGACAAGGAUAGAGACUAUGAUCGAGAUCGAGGACGUGGCCGAGAUAGAGAUAGGGAUAGGGAGAGGGACAGAGACAGAGACAGGGAUAGGGACCGUUAUCGCCCGAGAGACGAGAAGGAAUAUGGACGUGAGAGGGAGCGAGAUAGAGAGAGGGAAGGUAGGGAGCGUGACAGGCGAGACAAGGAUCGUAGCAGACGAAGGAGCCGAAGUAGGAGCAGGGACCGCAAGAGACAUGCUCGUGGCAGCACUAGUCCUAGAAGGCAUGAACCAGAGGAUGGUAGUACUCGGGAAGAAACAAAGAAGGAAAAGAAGGAAAAGAGGGAAAAGAAGGAAAAGAAGGAUGAUGGAACUGACCAUCCAGAUCCAGAGAUUGCUGAGGCCAACAGGAUCCGAGCAUCGCUUGGGUUGAAACCCUUGAAGUUAUAAGCAUGUGAGAUUUUAUGUGCUGUUAAUAUAGUAUGAAAGCACAGUGGCAUAUUCGGCCAGAUAGUAGGUGGUUAUUGUUGUGCCUCUUUCGUUUUUUCCGGUAGAUAUUGCACGUAGAAAUUAUGGAAUGAAGCGGAUGGAAAUUUUAGCCGUCUAUUUUGUUGAUACCUUCACCGUCUAAGGAAAUGAGUAAAUGAGUGACAAUCACUGAUGUAGAAGCUUUUAAUCGUAAUCCUUUUGGCAUGGUUUCUAAUGUCUUAAUGCCAAUCUGUAAGCUCUUUAUGGUUGGAAUGAAGGGCUCGUUUUGUAUCAUUCAACAGAAUAAUUGAUGAAUACAGGGACUUGAUCUGUGUUAUUA